CUUGGCGCACAGUCUUACUCGAUCGCUGAGUCACCUGACGUUGCACUCGUUUCCGAUCUCUUGUGUGUAAUGAUGUUCUCUGUGUGGCCAAAGUCUUCGCUAAUCGAUGAUAUAACCACAAUAUGCGUCUCGAAACUCGAUCCACUGCAAAAGGUUACGCUUGCGGCGAAAGUUGUCGGUGAUAACGGCGGAGUGUUCGAGUCGCAUGCUCACUUCAUCGCUGAUGAACAUGGCCAGGUUGAUGUUGGUCGUGACCCGUCUGUGGGUGGAUCUUACAGUGGAGUUUCAGCUAUGGGACUGUUAUGGAGCAUGAAACCCGCACCGGGUCAGAUAAAAGGACUUAGACUGAUAAAACACGAUGUCACGAAACCGUAUGUUAUCGAGCUGAAAUGCUUCAAUGACCACAUAGCCUCAAGGGAAACAUCUAAGCAGCCUAUGGCACUCACGACAUUUCUGAAGGGGUACAUGGCAGAUGGCGUGAGGCGAAUUCCUGUGAAAGAGGGUAGAAUCCGUGGAACAUUAUUUCUACCACCGGGCAAUGGACCUUUCCCAGGUGUCAUAGAUCUACUUGGCGGAGCCGGUGGACUAGUUGAAUUCAAGGCUUGUCUGCUGGCCUCUCAUGGCUUUGCCGCUCUUGCACUUGCUUACUUUGCAUACGAUGAUCUUCCUGUCGAACCAGAAUACUUGGAUCUCGAAUACUUUGAAGAGGCAGCAGAAUGGUUUCGCAAUCAUCCCAGUGUUGUGUCAAAUGGCGUGAGUUUGCACUCAAUCUGUUUGGGAAGCUGGCUUGGGCUUCUCCUUGCAAGCUACCGAAACGACUUGGUAAAAGCUGUGGUAGCGAUAUCACCAUGGAAUGCCCCUUUUUGGAUUCCUUACGUAUACAAAGGAAAACUGUCAAAUGUAUUUCGCUAUGAAAUCGAAAAUGUGCAGGAAACAGAUGAAGGCAUCAUAUAUAGCGAUUGUGUGGCGCGUGCGAAGGAAUUUGCUCCUCCUUCAGCCGAGUUAGCAGCACUCACACCAAUAGAACGAAUCACGUGUCCUGUAUUACUCGUUUAUGGAACUGAUGAUAAGAUCAUUGAUUCGGAAUUCACCACAAAUUGUAUAUCUGAACGUCUGAAAGCAGAGGGAAAGGAAUCCUUAUGUACCAUUUUACGACAUCCCAAUGCUGGUCACCUAAUUGAACCUCCCUACACUCCACUUACUCAUUUAGCAUAUAUGAAGAUUUUUAAGCAAUAUUGGGUGUCUGGAGGGAAGCCCAACGAACACGCCUUAGCGCAGGAAAUCACGUGGAGGAAAAUUUUAGAUUUCCUUGGACAAAAUCUAAGGACCUGUAAGAGCAAUUUAUAGUACAAACAAAAACACAAAAACGAUAAAUUGUUAUGGUCUUAAGAGCUAAAUCCAAUCGGAUGUAUGCUUGUUGUAUUCCAGGGUGAUCAAUAGAUUUUUAAAAUGCCAAUGUUCCAGAUUUAAAAUUUUUUGUGCGUUUGAAACUGACUUUUCCAACUUAGUGCAAACAAACACGGUCGCGAUUUGUAAAAAUCUGAAAUGAUAAUGGCAGGAGAGCGAAGGGAGAAAGAGGAAUAAUGAACUAAACAAACAAAAAAAAGAUCUGGACACUUGUCAUAGCAAAGACACCUGCUUCAUCCUUAAUAUAUACGAUGACGCUAACAGAAUAUACUUUCAUCACUCGCUUCCGCUCGCCUUCGGUCGCUGUGGAAAUUCUGAAGGUGAAAUCAGGGCGAAGCUAGGCAAACAAGUUGAUUUUCUUCGAAAACAGCAUUGAUUAGGUAAGGUAAUGUAUGUAAGUGGUCGAUUUGAUUAUUGAGUUCUGUUCCCUGUUUUUUCUGCGUAAUGUCUAAAACAUUAUCCACGUUGAAUAUGUUUUAAAACGUAGCGAAGGCGGUUUGACAUUUGAAGCAAGUCUCGUAUUGCUUCGUGAUCAAAAUAGAGAGUUUAGUUUAACGAUAGAUGUUAUGUUGCCUGUUUCUCUACUCGUUUUAGUGAAAAACAGUGAUAAUGUUGAGUUUGGA